AUGUUUUCCUCGAAGCUCAAGGGCACCAUCCAGGCCGCCGAAACCUGGGAGGAGCUUCCCGGUAUUGACAAGGUCAUCCGCAAGGCCCAGAGCUUGAGGCAUGACAAGCCGCUCCGCAAUCUUCAGGAUCUCUUCUAUGACUCCCAGCCCGAGGAGUUGCCUUGGAUCCGCACGGAAUGUGUAAUUGACACGGUUCAAGCUGCCGCCCAGAGCUUGAGGCAUGACAAGCCGCUCCGCAAUCUUCAGGAUCUCUUCUAUGACUCCCAGCCCGAGGAGUUGCCUUGGAUCCGCACGGAAUGUGUAAUUGACACGGUUCAAGCUGCCGCCUACCUUGGCCAGGCUGUCGUGUUCCUCUACAAGGCCAUUGACUACGAUGGGCUCGAGUGCCCGGACAACUCGCCAGUUGGAUGCGCCGCCAGUGUCGCGGGCUUCAUCACGUCCAUCAGCUGGAUCGCCUCGUACCUGUCCUUUGCGGCGAACGCCUGCGGCCAGGCUGUCAACAACGGUGCGCUGUGUGCGGGCGAUUUCACAGCUCUUGUGGCCAACUUCGGCGAGAUCGCCACCGUGGGCGCUGCUGCCAGGGCGGACUGCAACUUCGGCAAGAACGCCCUCCAGAUCCUCACACGAACCGAGACGAUCUCGCCUCCCUGGAAGGAGUUCGUUCCCGCGGGAGCCUCGCCGGCGGUCGACAAGGCCUUGAAGAUCAAGGGGCACAAGGACCAGCAGCGCAACCGUGACUACGACAUCGUGCAGUGCGCCGUGGACGUCACCAACUCCGCUUCCUACAUUGUCCGAGUCAUCCUUCAGAUUCGCGCCGCGGGCAGCGCCUGCGCAGACCCCAAGUCCUGCGCGGUUGGCAUCAUGAACAUCAUCUCCUCCUUCGCCUGGAUCUCCCAGUUCACGGCCCUUGCCGUCUCGGACUGCCAAGUGGGUGCCGACCAGAAGGCUCUUUGCACGGCGGACAUCUCCGACAUGGUUGCCGCGCUGACCAACGGCCCGGCUGCCGGCAUUGCCUCCACCUCGGAUUGCGCAGACCUCUGA